GCUUUCAUUCUUUCACCCACAAGACUACAAGCUUGUAUCACGAUAUUCCCCAGUCAACACUUGCCAGCAUUCGUACUAUGGCUGCAGAGGCUACACCCUCAACUGCAUCGUCAUCAAAUUCCAAGAUUCCUAUCUAUGAAGGCAGUACUCAAUACAGACACUGGCGUUUCUCACCAGAGCAACUGGCUCACACGCGGGCCACAUUGAACGAAGCUGCAGUGAAACUUAUUCGCGAUGCCUUUGAGGCGGACUCGGCAGCCAGGGUCCUCAUCUAGUGUUUCAUUCUUAAACGCAGACGAGGAACUUCUCCUAGUCAAGCUAUACGCUGGGAAGGUUUCACAACUAUGCGGGCACUUCAGGUUCCCCGAAGAGGUCGAAGCCACAGCAGUCACGUAUUUGAAGAGAUUCUAUCUAAAGAAUACAGUGAUGGACUGGCACCCCAAGAAUGUGAUGUUAACUGCGCUCUUUCUUGCUACCAAGACUACCAACCACCCAAUUGCCCUAGAACAUUACGCGUCUCAUAUCCCAAGGACCGCGCCAUCUGAUGUGCUUGAUCUAGAAUUCCUAGUGGCUCAGAGCCUAGGUUUUGACUUUGCCGUUUGGCAUGCUCAUCGAGCAUUAUGGGGCAUAUGGCUUGAUAUACAAACACUGCCCGAUAUCGAUAUGAAUGAGUUAAGGAAAGCUUACGACGUCGCACUAACGCAUGUUCGGGCAUCGCGUCUCACCGAUGUAGAACUUAUAUACACACCAUCGCAAAUUGCACUCGCGUGUCUGUCCCUCGCGUCCCCGGGACUUGCCUCUGCAUGGGCCCGCUCGAAGAGUGGCAGUCCUGAAUCCUCCCCUUCAUCACCAUCUUCGACUCCUAGUCCGGAGAUCCUUGUACUCGAGCUUCUGGAGCCUAUCAAGAGCAUGAUUCUCAUUCAAGGGUCACCACCGGAUGUGGAAGCUGUCCGAGAAGUUGAUCGUCGCUUGAAGCUUUGCAAGAACCCGGAAAAGAUCGUCGGUAGUAAUGCGUACAACAAGAAGCGGGAGGCACAAGAGCGGAAAGCCGCUGAGAAGCGAGCUCGUAAGGCAGCACAGGUAAGACAAGCCAUGGCCGAUGGUGAUCCGUUUGGCAGCGAGCUAGCAGAACAAGAUAUGGUAGAUGAUGACGACGACGAUGAUUGAUGUUUCUUCACACUGUUUUGUAUUGUGGAAGUGGUUCUAUCACUUCGAUUGAUGAACAGCUCAGGUGUUGUAUCGGGCAGCCUGCAUUUUAGCAUGAAGUGGUUUCACAGAUACGUUGUAUGCUCCCACGCAGUAGCUACUAGCUCGUACUCGGUUUCAUUAUACAACAACUGUGAGAAGGAGACUAUAUCUUUUUUU